AUCUCAGACGUAAUAUGAAAGUAGAGUAAAAAAAUUGAAAGAUAUAUACAAACCUAACUCUUACAUCUCACUUCAGUCGCCCAACCGUACGUACGCCACCAUCCUCAUCUCCCUCGACCGCCGGCCGGCGGGUCCUCACCCCCCAACUCUAAUCUCUUAUCGUCACUUAUUAGAAGAAGAACCCUAGUUGAAGGUGAAUCUCUGUCAGAGCAUGAAAGGUGGAAGAAAGAACUUGCAGAGGGCAUCGGAGCAACACAUCGCAAGCCUCGACGAUGGUCAUAGCAUUAUGCAGGUUGUCUCAAUUCGUGGUUCCAAUCUAAUCGAGGUAAUGGAUGGACAAGGUGAGAAAUCACUGGCAUUAUUUCCUGCCAAGUUUCAAAAGAGUAUGUGGAUAAAACGAGGGAGUUUCGUUGUAGUUGAUGAAAGUGGAAAGAAGAAUGCUCUUGAAUCUGGAAGCAAGGUGGCAUGCAUUGUUUCUCGAGUUCUAUAUUUUGAACAAGUUCGCGAGCUUCAAAAAUCCCCAGAAUGGCCAGAAAUCUUUAAGAAUCCAAUUGUUGGAGAUCGAAAUGAAUAUAAUCGACCAGAAGAGGAUGAGGUCACUGAGGGCGACUCGAGUGACGAUGAUGGCCCCCCUUUAGAAGCCAACACAAACAGAGCUAAACCAUUAAUAUUACAACCAGAUGAAGAAUCAGAGUCUGAUUCAGAUUCUUAACUUGUAUAUUAAUUUUAAGUCCAUACUUGUUGAUCUAGUACUAUAAAUAUUCAUUUUGAUCAUUUGUCCUUCAAUUUUAAUUUUUUAAUUAACAAAAAUUUCUGACUACCUA